UUGUGUGGAGAUUCUAUCGCCAUGUCUCGAAACAACGAUGUGUCCUUGAUGUGAACGCGUAAAAUGUCCACAAAAGUUAUAGAUAUAUUUCGCGACUUGGUUAUAACGUGGGGUACCUAAUUGUUGUUCGAUAUUUGUUUGAAACGUCUGUGCUAUUUAUUUUCAUCGAUGGAGUUUCUUCAUUGUUGAUAUUUGUGAUUACAUUAUGGUUUUAAUACAAUGAGUGAACCGGGCACGGGAGGUGGGGCACCGCCCCCGCGGGUUCCCCCCGUGGCCCGGACGGGGGCGGUGCGACUCACGCAAGUUGCGGGGGGUCAAUACGUGUUAAGUAACUCUCAAACGCAACCAGUACCUCCUCUGUCUCAAAUAACGAGCAUUGUUACGGCAAAUCCUGUUUUAAAUCAGGGAGGAGUUACUCGAAUAGUAAAUAUGUCGCCUACACGUAGUGGUGUACUUGCUUUAGCAACGAAUAGAAAUUCUUCGUCACCAGCGGCUACACAUCAAAGUAUUGUAAAUGCGUUAACAAAACCUAGACAAAAUCCGUUGGUAGUUGGGAAUACUGUUUCACCUGGACUAAGAACUCAAACAUCAUCGACAGGUGUUUUUGUUACACCCACAUCAACGCCGACAAGUAGUCCCAAUAUUUCACCUGCUAAGAAACGUUUAAAAUUAAAUGACGGUACUAGUGAAGCUACAUUAAAUGAAAAUGAAACAUCGGGCUUAAGAAAACGAAUUCUUGAGCAUCGACAAUUAAGGCUGCAAAGUGUUAAAGAAAGUUACGAUGAACAUUUAGCCGAAUAUUUUUUCCUUCAAAUUGGAGGGGAUGACCAAGAUUUUGCAUUAUGGCGGAAAAAACAACCAUCACAAAAUUUUCUACAAUUUAAACAUAUGCAUCGUCUUGACACAUCCGAAGAAGAUAAUUAUGAAGGUACUGUAGUGGCAGCAACUCCAACACCAAACGUUCAACAACAGCCUCAACAACAAGUUCCUAAACCAAAUCCACAGCCAAAUGUUGAAAUCAAAAUGACUGGAGUUGGACUCACACCUGUAGCUGUUUCCACUACAUUACCAGCACAAGUUGUUCAGUUAUCUCAACAAGGAGGAACACCAAUUGUACCUGAUAUACCACCCGGAGGCCAAACUAAUCCUAAUGUACCUCGAACGGCAUCCACGAAUACAGUCAGUCAAGCAGAGAAACGAACUUCCAGUUCUACAAACAUUCCAUCAACUUCGCCAGCUCAAAAUACAACACCGUCAAAUAAAAAUAAAGCAGUUUCAAGCUCUGGGAAUCAGGAACAAAUUGUUGAGAAAGCUAAACAGGAAGCUUAUGUCAUGCAAAGAAUUAGUGAGCUACAACGCGAUGGUCUUUGGACAGAAAAACGAUUACCUCGUGUUCAAGAACCACAUCGAGCUAAAGUACAUUGGGAUUAUCUUCUAGAAGAAAUGGUUUGGCUCUCAGCUGAUUUCGCUCAAGAACGUAAAUGGAAAAAAGCAGCAGCUAAAAAAUGUGCUCGUAUGGUACAAAAAUACUUUCAAGAUAAAGCAGUGGCCGCUCAAAAAGCCGAAAAAGCUCAAGAACUACAAUUACGACGGAUUGCAGCGUAUAUGUCACGUGAAGUACGUCAAUUUUGGCAAAAUAUUGAGAAAGUUGUUGAGUACAAACAGCAAACACGCCUUGAGGAAAAACGAAAACAAGCUUUAGAUCAACAUUUGAGCUUUAUUGUUGAUCAAACAGAAAAAUAUUCCCAAUUGUUAGCCGAAGGUAUGAAUAAAAGUGGAGUUCCAAAUGAUUCAAAUACAGUGCCUGAAAGUGCGACUUCAUCCAGGAUACCAUCCCCAAGUGGGCAUGGAUCUGAUGAUGAAUUUAACCCUGGCAAUCAAUCAUCUGAUGAUGAUGAAGAAACAAUUGCUUUAGCCGAAGCUGAAGCAACGGAUGAGGCUCAAGAACUAGCAGCACUGCAACGCGAAUCUGAAAUGGAUUUAGACACUUUAAUCAGUGAAUUACCUGCUGAUUAUUUAGAAAAUCGAAAUAAAGAAUUACCAUCUGAUAACGAGAGUGAAUCAGAAUCAAAUAAAGACAAUGCUGAUCGUAAAGGUGACGAAGAAUUCACAAUGGAUUCCGAAAAUGAUGAAUCCGAUUUGGAAGAUACAAUUUUGGAACAAGAAAAGGCAGAAGGUGAACAAGAUCAUAAGAAAGAACUUGACGAACUAAAUAAAAUGGCUGAAAUGGAUAUUGAAGAAUUAAAGAAAAUGUACAGCUCAAUGCCACCACCUGAAGAGAAUUCUAUGGAUGUACAGGAUGAAUCAGAAAGUGAAGAUGACGAGGAAGUUGAUAGUGAUGAUGUUGAUAGUGACAAUAAUAGUGAGAAAGAGGACAAUUCUGCAGAUAGUGAUGGUGGAUCAGAUUCAGAACUUGAUCAUUCUGAAUCUGAAAGUGAAGAAGAUUCAAAAGAUAAUUUAGGUUUAAAAUCAUUGCUGGAUGAUACAUCGAAAGAGGAUGGAGAUAAGGCUGAGAAUAAGGAUAAUUUAUUUAACGAUGUCGCUGCAAUUGCAGAAAGUAUACAACCUAAAGGAAACACGCUGUCUUCGACAAGUGUGGUAACGCCCAUACCAUUUUUACUAAAACAUACUUUACGGGAGUAUCAACACAUCGGUUUGGAUUGGCUAGUAACAAUGUUUGAUCGCAAAUUAAAUGGAAUUCUAGCGGAUGAGAUGGGUUUAGGUAAAACAAUACAAACAAUUGCACUUUUAGCACAUUUAGCAUGUGAAAAAGAAGAUUGGGGACCACAUUUAAUAAUUGUACCAACAUCAGUAAUGUUAAAUUGGGAAAUGGAAUGUAAAAAAUGGUGUCCUGGUUUUAAAAUUUUAACAUAUUAUGGUACACAAAAAGAACGAAAAUUAAAACGUACUGGUUGGACAAAACCGAAUGCAUUCCAUAUUUGUAUUACAUCGUAUAAAUUAGUUAUACAAGAUCAUCAAAGUUUUCGACGAAAAAAAUGGAAAUAUUUAAUUUUAGAUGAAGCUCAGAAUAUUAAAAAUUUUAAAUCACAACGAUGGCAACUUUUAUUAAAUUUCCAAACUCAACAGCGUCUACUAUUAACUGGUACACCAUUACAAAACAACUUAAUGGAAUUAUGGUCUUUGAUGCACUUUUUAAUGCCAAAUGUGUUUCAAUCACAUCGUGAGUUUAAAGAAUGGUUUUCAAAUCCAGUCACAGGAAUGAUUGAAGGGAAUUCAGAAUAUAAUGAAAGUAUUAUCAAAAGAUUACAUAAGGUCUUACGUCCAUUUCUGCUGCGCAGAUUAAAAAGUGAAGUUGAAAAACAAAUGCCAAAGAAAUAUGAACAUGUUGUAUUAUGUCGUUUAUCAAAACGGCAAAGAUAUUUGUAUGAUGAUUUUAUGUCCCGUGCAAAAACACGAGAAACAUUAGCAACAGGAAAUCUAUUAAGCGUUAUAAAUGUGUUGAUGCAAUUACGUAAAGUAUGCAACCAUCCAAAUUUAUUUGAAGUUCGUCCAACUGUGUCACCAUUUCAAAUGGAGGGUAUUGUUUUUAAUACCGCAUCACUUGUGUAUGGUCUAUUAGAUUACGAUCCGUUAAAUAGUAUCGAUUUAUUUUCGCGACAUUUCUUACUGGCAAAACUAGAGGAAUCAAUGACAGCUGUUGACGCUCAUCGUAUUAAACAAUUAAGUUUACCUAGGAAAUUAAUUGAAGAGAUCGAUAGUGCACCAGAACCACCACCGCCAUGUCCAAAAGGUCAAAUUAAAAUUAAUAUUAAAUUGGGUGAACCAAAAGAAACUAAACCUUUGCCCAAUAAUACUGUAAUUAAUGCAAGACCAUCGGCGGCAACAACGACUGCAUUAAAUAAAACACAAACUUUACAGAAUACCACCACGCAGCAAGCGCAAACUGGAUUAAAAUUUCGAGUUACUAACAAUCCUGGUGUACAAAGUUAUUCAUUGCAACUAGUACAACACCCAAAUGUAGUAAAAACAAUAUCUUUAAAUUCAGCAACAAAUCAAUUGAAAACAGAUGGCGCUCCCCAAAUAACACAAUUUGUACAUGCUGGUAAACAUAUAUUACUUGCUACAUCUGCAUCCCAGUCUCCACAGCUUCAACCUAUCACAUCUGCAGUAAUGACAUCGAGUGGCCAACGUUUAGCAGUAUUAUCUAAAAGUCCAAUUGUGGCGAAUGUUUCUUCGGCCGGUCGUGUAAUUAAUACCAAUAUGAAUACAAGAACAGUUUUUAUUCCAACAGUAGCGACUUCUAUCCCACAAUUUCAGCAACAGCCACAACAAGUUCAACCCGUAGAAACAAAUCAUAAUUCAACAGCAUCACCUGAUAAAUCAACUCCAUCAACACCCAGCGUGACAAUCUCGCAACCAUUAAAUGCAACAUUAGUUAAUCAAUUACUUACUCAAAUUUCAUCCAAUCAAAGGCAAGCAGAAUUGCAAGCUAUCAAAAAUGCAUCAAAAUCUGAGGAACCAAAAAGCCCAUUUUAUGAUGCUAUUAUAGAACGGAGAAAACGGAAAGCUCGCGAAACAAAACUAUCAAUUCUAGCACGUGUGAAUGAAGAACGUUGUUCUGCUUUUCCACUUUACGGGGAAGAUUUACGAAAUGCAUGUAAUGUUUUCACAACAAAUGAAAAUAUUUACGAUGAACAUCCUGCAUAUCGUGAUACCACGCCCUGGACUGCGCGAGGGUAUAGUUAUUGUCGUCGAGUUGCACUUGAACGUGAAAAAGGCUUCUCCUGGCAUCAUUCAAAAACCUUACGCCAAUCAAUUCAUUCUGUUGAAGAUUAUAUUCACGAGUUAAAAGAAAUUUUAGAUCGUUAUGUAUUUUUUGUUCCUGCUGUCCAAGCACCAAUUCCUAAAGUUCAUGUAUCACACCCACCUCCUGGUAAACUAUGGGAAGAACAGCGGAUGGAAUAUUAUUUAAGACAUCAUUUGUCGGGACCAUGUGCACCGUUACAUACUAUAGCGAGAAAUAUGGCAACACAAUUUCCUGAUCCUCGUCUAAUACAAUUCGAUUGUGGUAAACUUCAAACAUUAGAUAAAUUAUUAAGAAAAUUGAAGACUGAAGGACAUCGUGUCCUAAUUUUUACUCAAAUGACUAGAAUGUUGGAUGUUCUGGAAUCAUUUUUAAAUUAUCAUGGGCAUAUAUAUCUUAGAUUAGAUGGUACGACAAAAGUUGAUCAACGGCAGGUAUUAAUGGAACGUUUUAAUGGUGAUAAACGAAUAUUCGCAUUUAUUUUAUCAACCCGAUCGGGUGGUGUUGGUGUAAAUUUAACGGGUGCGGAUACAGUUAUAUUUUAUGAUUCGGAUUGGAAUCCAACCAUGGAUGCACAAGCACAAGAUCGAUGUCAUCGAAUUGGACAAACUAGAGAUGUGCAUAUUUACAGGUUGGUUAGUGAAAUGACAAUUGAGGAAAAUAUUUUGAAGAAAGCAAACCAAAAACGAAUGUUGGGUGAUUUAGCAAUAGAAGGUGGUAAUUUUACGACGGCAUAUUUCAAAAGUUCAACUAUACAAGAUCUAUUUAAUGUUAAUACCAACGAAGAUGCUUCAACAAGAAUGGCUGAGGUUGUCGAUCGUGAGAAGGAACGUAAAGAAAGAUUACAAAAACAACUCGAUAAUCAAUCUCCGCCAUCUCCGGUUGAAGAUCGUUCAGCAAUGGGUGCUUUGGAAAAUGCUUUGGCUGCAUGUGAAGAUGAGCAAGAUGUUCAGGCAGCGAGAACUGCGAAAGCUGAGGCUGUUGCUGAGCUUGCUGAAUUUGAUGAGAGUAUACCGUUAGAAGAGGAACGUACUGUCACAGAAAGUACGGCCGCUGUUGAGAAUGUUGCACCCGAACCAGAAUUAAGUAAAGCGGAACAAGAAGUUCAAAAUUUAAUUAAACAGCUGUCGCCAAUAGAAUUAUACGCAAUGCGAUUUGUUGAAGAAAAUGAUGCUGCAUGGUCUGCCCAACAAUUGGCUGCUGCUGAAGCGGAAAUUGAAGCACAAAAAUUAGAAUGGGAAGCAAAUCGUUUAGCAUCAUUGCGGAAAGAGGAAGAAGCUAGAAAACAGUUGUUACGUGAAGAAGACGAUCUACUAACAUUUUCACGCGAGGAUGCAGUAAAUCAGAUUUGGAUAUCAGAUAUUGGUAACGAAGAAAUGCCGAUGUGGUGUCCACCAACUCCUCCACAAAAUGAUAACGACGUUUACAUUGAUCAUUCAAUGAACUUCCUUUACGAAUCAGUGGUCAUGUCUGAAGCACAGUUACCUCCUGUGUACAUCAAAAAAGAACCAAAACGUUCACGUAACGAGGCUGGUUUAACAGAAAGUCGACGUCCAAUGAAACAACAUCGUAAAGAAGAGUCUGUUUAUGCACCUCGUUCGUUAUUCGAUCGACCAUCUCCUGCUUUACUAAAAAUGCGUCGUGAUUUUAAACAACAAAAGUAUCGUGGAAUAAUACGGCCACCGAUACCUAUUCCUGGCUUAAAAUUACCGUCAACGUCCAAACCACAACCGGAACCAGAUGGUGUAUUGGAAUGGAUGAUUCAUGAGGAUAUGGCAUUAUUACAAGCUGUUCAAGUGUAUCAGGGAUUACCAUUGAAUUUGAUGGUUUUAUCACCAGGUCAUACACCAAAUUGGGACUUGGUCGCUGAUUUCGUUAACAAUACUUCACGUAUUUAUAGGUCACCGAAACAGUGCAAGAAUAGGUAUGAACUGAUAAUUGUUCCAAGGGAAGAGGGUAAAAUACAAUUUGAUCCAAUUCCAAAGAAACAAAAGAAAACCAAGAGUGUGUAUAAAAAUCCACAACAAACUAAAGGCAACAGACCAUUAAGAACUUCUCAAAUUUAUACACAAGAUAACAACCAAUCGUUUAUAUCAACCAUGGUUCAAAGAUUUGAUACUAUUAAAACUAUUUCGAACAAACGACAACCGACGAUUAAACCAACAAUUGGCAAUCAAUUGGUUAAAACUACAAAGCACACGGCGAUUUUAACUCAGUUAGGUGUGAGUUAUGACAUGCCAUCAAAUCCAAUUGAUGUUGCUACUAGACGCGCGGAACGUAUUGCCAAAGAGAAAAAAGCGUCAUCACUAGGAUUGCUAGCUGCCAAAACUUCUCAGCAAGUACCCGCUGCUCAGCAACAAGCCGCAACUGCUGUAGUUCAACAAACCGCCCCUACUACCAUUCAAAUACCACAUUCUCAAAGUCCUGGUCCAUCCUCACAGUCGCCGGUACCUCAAGUUGCGCUAUCCGUAGCUGUAUCACAAGGUGUACAAUCACCUUCGUCUGUAGCAUCCGCGUUGCGUGCACAACGAAUUAGUUCUUCAUUAGUUCAAGGCACUAAUGUAGUAACGAUUGGCGGAAUUACUAGCUCAACGAUUGGGCAAUUACAAGCUCAACGAUUAAUUGUAGCUGGCCAGACAGUAUCGCGGGUAACAGCUAAAGGGAUUGCAACCGGAACCGCGGUAACCGCAGGUGGUAAAGUUGUGAAUCAAGCGCAUUUGCAAUUAUAUCGUCAACAAAUUUUGAAACAACAGCAACUUCGACAAUUGCAGAAUGCAGCUUUGUUGCAACAGCAGCAGCAACAACAAAAUGCAGGAUCUAAUGUCGGAACAACUGUAGUUGCUGGCACCACUGUUGUUAAAACUCCAACAUCCAUAACGACGACAUCUGUUAGUCCUCAGACUGUUAGUAUACAGCAAGCACAAAUGACUCAAGCGCAACGUGCCCAUUUCUUAAAACAAGCUGCCGCGGCAAAUAGCGGGGUUGGAAAACAAACAAUUGCACGAGCUGUGACUGAAAGUGAAGUUGCUGCACUAAUCAAAUGCCAACAAUUACAACAGCAACAAAAGGCCUUGGCCGUUGCGGCUGCGCAACAAGGAGCUGGUGGUCAACAAGUGCAUGCGCAAAUAUUUGCCCCGGCUGGUGUUCAACUUCAACAAGCGGGAACAUCACAAGUUGCAACUCUUGUAAAAGCAGUAUCUACACCAGGAGGUACUUCAGCUGUUACCAUACCUGUAUCAGGCGUUACUUUAGGGCCAGGUGGGCAAGUAAAAGCUGCCCUAACACAAGGUGUUAAAGCAACCGCGGCCACUACACAACAAAUUCGUCAAUUACAAUUACAUCCCCAUUUGUUAGCUCAACGUAAGCUGUCAGGCCAUACUAAAGUAGCGCAAUUGACCCAAGUUACGAACAAAGCAUUGUUAGUUCAGACACCUAAAAGUAUGGCCACAACAAUGACUGUUCAACAGUUACAUCAAGUAAUGAGAGUACAAGGUGCAAAUGCGGCACAACUUGGUACUACAGCAGGUCAAAGUGGUACACAACAUGUUGUAUUGGCCAAACCAGGUGUGGCUCGUGCUACAACGUCUGUAAUUCCUGGACAAACUCAUGGAUUGACACAAAAAAUACAAGUGGUAACUGCAACAUCCGCCGCUCAAGCAUUGGCAUCAGGUAUACGUCCCCAAGUGACUGUUCAAUCAACAUUAGCCGGUGCAUUAGCUGGCACAAUCAAAGUGGCAUCGUCCCAACAAGCCCUAUUAUCCCAAGUAACAGCUGCGUUACAAGGACAGGUUUCAAUGGCUGUUCGACAAAGUGGUAGUCCUGUACGCAUUCAGGCAACAGGUGGUACUCCAUUAGUUGCUGUUUCAAUGCAAUCAGCUGUUUCAUCCACUGGGGGUAACAUAACAGCGAUUACACAACAACAGCAAGCUCAACAAACAACUCAACAGCAACAAUCGCAACAACAAAAUGUACAACAAGGACAAACAAAUACUGAAGGACAACAACAAGUGAGUUACAGGGUCUUAAAAAAAUAAAUUCAGUAUUUGACAAGUCCAUGUAAAUAAAAUAUGAAAUACAGUAGACUUUAGUAAAAAUUGGUUAAAAUUUAGACUAGAGAAUGCGUUUCGUGUUCGAAAUCAAAUUAAUACGUAGUGUUUAAGAAUAUUUUGGGUGGGGAUAUUUUAUCUCCCUUUUCCCUUUAAUAAACAAUUGUUGUGAAUGUGAUUGAUGUGUGGUGUUAAUUUAUUUUACAAAAG